AUGUUUUUUAAGUUUCUUGGACUCUGUGCCUUUUUGGGAGCCAUUUCCCUGUCUACGGGCUUCAAUGUAACAUCUAAUCUUAUUGAAGCUCCAUUUGUAAAGAUCGGAUCCGGCUAUUACUACAUUGAAAACAAUCUUAAAAAGAAUUGGUAUGCUGCGUAUGAAUCGUGCCGAAGAUUGAAGGCAGAUUUAGUCACCUUCGAAAGCGUAGAGGAACUUGAUAUGGUAUCUCAGUACAUUUUGAAUUCCAAAACGGAUGUAAUGUAUUGGGCAUCUGGAACUGACUUGGCGGAGGAGGGUAGUCACGUGUGGUUCUCGAAUGGACAGCCCGUGUAUUCUGAUUUGUGGUGCCCAGGACAGCCGGACAAUAAAGAUGGUGGGGAACACUGUGAUGGUUUGUGGUUCGAAUCCGAGACGAUUGGACUGAAUGACGGGAACUGCGGAAUGCUUCAUUGCUAUAUUUGCGAGGCAACCCAGCCAAUUAAUUGCAUGCAAAAACACCUGAUGCAAUAA